AUGGAGCCUAACACAUCAGAGAAUAAGUCCCAAACGACACAGUGGGACGAAGGUCAGAUUUGGGUCAAAUCCUGCCACAACGCUACUAGAAAGCUCCUCGCUUUCCUCCUUUCUCGCAGCAACCAAAAGAAAUUGCACAUCACCACUACCGAGCUAGACCUAUCGUCCGGUGAAUCUCUAGACUAUGGCCCACGCUUUGUGAAGCCGUUUUCCCAUGAGAAAAUGAGAGAAUAUGUGAACCAUGAACAGCCUUGGGAUAAAUUUGACAUCCACGGUUUAUACAUCAAAGAUAGUCCAGAGAGGUACAAAUUCCGGCGAUGGCAUAACGCACGCCAUGUGAUUGGAAUUUUGCAUGCUACUCUGCAGAAUUUCUUCGGCAACAAUGCACCGCAUCGAAUAGCCGAUGAAGACAAUCAUCUUGGCUCUAUAUAUCGGUCUCAAUGCCAAUGGAAGCUCGAAGGCUGGACAAACGCGAUGAAUAAAGCUCAGCCCCAUAUCAACGCCUACGUAGGCGAUUCGCAGCCCCUCCGUGUUGGUCGCCUCAACUCAGGUGAGGUAUCUCUUUCCUACGGUUUGAUCGCCAAACGCCGAAUCGAAGAUGGAUAUAACGACCACCGAUAUAUCCCUAUCACUGUCUUUUCGAUGUCGGAUUUCCAAGUCCGCGUCCUGCAGAUCUGGCACGACAAGAAGAACCCCAUGGCUCUCCAGGUCCGUGUAUCACCCAUCAUGGACUUUAAGGAUGGGGUGCAAAACAACUUGGACGACUGGGUCACCAUCCUGUGCUGGAUGGCAGGAGAGUCAGUUGGAGAUACAAAGAAUGGAACUGAAAUUGUUCGAGUCAUUGAGCAGGAUGCCUAG